CACACUGACCAUUGCUGUGUUUACGAACCCCCCACAAAUUGCAUUGUAUCAGAAAGCAAUAAAAGUCACUGUGGAUGGACCAAGAGAACCGAGAAGUAAGACAAGUAAGUUUUUUUUACAUACCUUAGAUCAGGCUGAACAAUUUAAAAAAAUAAAUGUAAUAAAGUAUGGAAAGGGAAAAUGUCAGUACAAUUGUGGCUCUCCGUCUCAUCAAGUCUUAUUGAUUUAAUUUUUGAAUUUUUUUAGAUUUUUUUUUUGUGCCAAUUAUACAGAUGCUGUUGUAAAAGGCUCUGUCAUAUUUCAAAUAUUAACUCUCAGAAAUUUAACAAACAUUAUUCUUUUUUUAAGAGCUACACGCUGAUGAGCGUCAUGUUCACCGACCUAGUCCAUUGGAUAUCUCCUUGAAGAGAAAUAUUAUACCAGAUCCUCUUCGAGAGCGCCAGCUAUCACAUUUUGCUGAUCUUGAUUGUUUGAGGCAGCAGCAGCAGCCAAAGAAUUUACCCCACCUUGAGCAUCAGAAUCAAUUGGAUGAGCUUAGCAGGCGCUUUAUUGAUCAUCAGCAUUUACCCUCUAAUCAAAUAAAAAAGUCUGAUAGAAACACGAAGCCACAGGGCUCUGAAGUAACCGACAGUGAGAGGAGUGAGGAUAUUACAUUUAUUAGUAAGCAGAAAAGAUUUUUGUGCUUGAGGAAUACUUUAAAUGUCUUACUUUUAAAUUGUUUUAGUUUAAAAUUUAUCAUAAUCAUUAAAUUGUAUUAGUUUAAAAUUUAUCAUAAUCAGACGGUUUAUGCUGUUAUGCAGUGGUUCCCAAACGCUUAAGUUUAGCGGACCGGUGAACAAGUUUCGAAAUUUUACCAGGGACCGGUGCAUGAUUUAUUUUUAUACUUUUAUUUCUAUUGGACAAUAAAUAUUUAUGUUAUGGGGACUGGCAGUGUUAGGAAUGCGGACCGGUGAAGGUCCACUGACUGCCAUUUGGGGACCACUGCUGUAAUGUACAAUGUAAGCAAAACGCAUUUUCAUUUAUGUAGAUCAGGCCUGCACCCACUUUGCGGCCCGCAAAGUAACGAAAUAUUAUUUUUUAUUUUCUUCUUUUUCUUCUUCUUAUAUUUGAGGGGCCCACGAUCAAUUUGUUGAUCAUUCUGGCUCCUGGUUUAAAUUCAGAGUUUGCCUUCUCUUAGAUUCUUAGAUGGGUUGCCUUCCAAGGUUAAAGAGUCCCAUCCACCCGAUGGACUAUUAUGGUGUCCUUAAUAACUUUCCCCCCUGCCUUAUUCUUUUUGGGCCCGCACAAUUUUUUUAAUAAAGUACUCCGAACCGCCUUACAUUUUGAGUUGUGCAGGCCUGAUGUAGAUCAAUGAAAGGAUCUUAUCUUAUUUAACUGUUAGAUUCAAAUAUAUUUUUUUUCAAAUCACUAUUUAAGCUAAGUUAAUGAUUUAAUAAUUAAUCCCUGAAAAUUCUAUGCUUUCUAAAUUCUAUAUCCUUAUAUGUGUUCAGGUAAACAAUCAUGGGAUUAUAAUACACUUAGGUGUAAUAGUGACACAGCCCUUAAGGAAGUAACAAGCAGCAGUGACCUGUCAGCUGGGGAGGCCAGUCACUUCAAAGGUACGGCGCAUACGUCUAAAUAGUUAAAUGUUCUUGUUUGUUGCUAAUUGAAAGAAUGGUAUUUCACAUUUUAUUUUAAUUUUUCUGUUUACCUGAUGAGAGGUCCUCAGUCUAGUGCUGUUUUUGUCGUCACCUGCUCCACUGGCAUGUUGUAGAAAAAUGAUCUUAUUUUAGAUUGUUGACGGAGCUUGCUAAAUUAUUAUUUUUUCAAUGGGGGAAUGUUCUGUUUAGUACAUGUAGUUUUAUUUUAUCCGGUGACCAUUCUUUGAAUGUUAUCAAUUUGUUUAAAAAAAAAAACUGCUUGCUGACACUGUCGUAUCAAAAGUAUAAUAAUGUAUUAUUUGUUGUAUUGUGUUGUUGUUAAGAUUUGAGACUUAGGCCUGAUUUAGAAAGAUAAAUAGAACAUUUAACAUAUUUUCUGUUGAUGAAUAAGAAAUACUUAAAUAAAUAACAUCUGUAGAUUUACCAAAACCCACAGUUAAUCGACUCAAAUUUUCAUUCAAAUAUUCUAAAAACUUAUUUGGGGAAUUUCAGCAGUUGAGAGUAAACAAUUUUGUACCUAAGAUUUAAAUAAAGUUAUCACUGUGCAAUAACAAUUUUAUAUGAUCACUUCAGGCACAUGAAAUAUUGCACAUUAAUUUAAAAUUAUAUUUUUUAUUAUUUUUUUUUACAGCUUCUUCAUGUGAAUCACCAGAUCAGGAUGCAAGAAAUGAGUAUCCUAUAAUGUCCAAACAGACAUUUUCUGAAAUGAGGUCAUUUCCGCUUAGUAGCACUAACUGCCACGGGAAGAUAGGUUUCUCCAGCGGUAAUUGCCACAGAUCCCCUCUCUCAUCAUUUGCUGAACAUAGGCAGAGCACUUCUCUGCUGUCAGUCUUUGAGAGGCAAGAUUCUUCUUUCUCUGCAGUUGGUUUACCUUCUGACGAGCUCAGUGAAAACACACACAGUUAUGCGUCUCAUGCCCAAGAUGAUAAUGUGUCAGAUGGGAUAGUACCGAGCAGAUGUGAGCAUGUUCCUUGCUUUAACAUGUCUUCUAGAUUUACGCUUGAUUUGGUAAAAGGACAUGCCCUUGACGUGUCAUCAAGACCCAAUUUGGAAUCACACUGUUCAGCAGUCUAUGGAAGAGAUGUUAAUGCCAGAAGGAAUUCUGAACCAUUGUGUUCCACAGUUAUCUCUCCUUCACCUACAACCCCAUCUCCAACAUCAAGUAACUCCACUGGUCUAGAAGACAGCCUUUCUGUCUCUGCCGGUCGUUUGUCAGAAAGCAGUCAAAUUUCGGCUGGCUUAACACCGUCAAGUAUAAGACCGCUGCCACUUUUGGCCAGUGCCAACUGUAGGGGUAGACCAAAGUUAUCUGAUAGUAGAAGAGUCUACUGUGACUCGGGCUCUCAAAUGUCAAGUUUAUAUUCUUACGGCCCAAGAUCAAGCUCUGAGAGCCACGCAAUUAAUCUUUCCAUCUCUGAGAACAACGAAAAUGUCAUGUUCCUUUCAGAUAAUCAGAUGAGAGUCAUUCAAGAUGCCAAUAAUAGCUUCCGAGGCAAUCUUCAAACAGAAAGCAGAGGCUUGACUUGUAGAGCUUUUGAAGACAGAAUUUCCAUUUCCACUCUUCCUAGAAACAUCACUCAGUCUAAAUUUCCAGUUCUUACCCUCUCCUCUAUUAACAACCCUGAUGCUGUGUCAGGACACUACUUAAUCAACAACCCUGAUGCUGUGUCAGGACACUACUUAAUCAACAACCCUGAUGCUGUGUCGGGACACUACCUAAUCAACAACACUGAUGCUGUGUCAGGACACUACUUAACAGUUUCUCCAUCUCAUCUCUUACACAGUUCUUUUAUCUACCCUCAGAGAUUUCCACAAAAUCAAAUGCAGCUAAUUAUCCCUUCCGGUGAUAAAACAUAUGAAAUACUAGGCCAGCAAAAAAGAUGUGAGAAAAGUUAUGAAACAAAUGAAUUUCAUGACCAGUCGCGCUCAUCCACAGAUGCCAAAUACUUUAAGAGGCGGUUGUCAAGGAACUAUGAUGAAAAAUUAAGUGAACACUUCAGGCCAUUUGAAUUUCUCCAUCCGAUGGAUCAACAAAACUCCGACACUGGAGAGUCAGCAGAUAGAGUCUGCGAUGGGGACGACGCCUCGAGGCCUGUGAACUCACAGAGCGGCCGUCAUGUCGAGAAACCGACGCCCAUUGUUUUUUCACCAAGGACUAUAAUCAAUCAAAACAUGUCGAACUUAGAUUUGUCUGAGCCCUCCUUACAGUCGGAUAUUCAUUACAAUUUGCCUCCACAGUCUUCACGCAACUGGAGGAUUGAUUCUUCUGAUUCUGCCAUGAGUAGGAGAAACGGUGAAGAACACACGGACAUAAGUGUCUGGCGACCUUAUUAAGAUGCAAGCUAUUAUGAAUAAUUUCAUUUGUUUUGAACAGAAAUUAUGUACCACUGUUGUUGAUUUUGAAAGUAUUUACAAGCUCAACAAUUUUUUGGCUUGAGUUGGCG